GAGCGCCUGCCGGGUCUGCUCUCGGCUGCUGCUGCUGCUGCGCCUCGCCGGGAAGGCGGCUGCGAAAUAAGGCAGUUUGUUUAUUCGGUAGAGCUGGAAUGAAACGGGACAAAAUUGUCUCAGCAGCAUCGUGGAGGGAUCCUGGGCUGUCACUGCGUCCUGUGGCUGGGGAAUGUCAAACAGGAGAGAAUGGGAACCGUGCAAAGAAUCUCUCUUGGCUGGGGAUUUGUAAUUAAAAUCUCGUGCUUCGCAGAGCUGCUCCGGAUACUGCAUUGACUUUCAGGUAUGUGAGAAUCACUGUGGCCCACAGCAACCAGUAGGGAAAAAAAGGUCACACCUUCAAUAUGGCACCCAUUUUAGAUUGGAAGAAGCUCAUGAAAGUUGAUCCAGACACUCUGCCUCGUCAAGAGGAACUAGCGGACAAAUUGCUGGAUAUCACCUUCAAGGUUGAUGGGAAAGACUUAAAAACUGAGACUCCAGAAAAAGUGAUACACCUUUUUAAAAUUACUCAGUCACUACUAAAGAUGAAAGCUCAAGAGGUAGAACUGGCACUAGAAGAAGUUGAAAAAGCUGGGGAAGAGCAAGCCAAAUGUGAGAAUAAUUUUAAAACCAAGCUGAUGAAACUUCAGAAAGAAUUAGAGGUGGCACAAAAAUCUGCUGGUGGUCGUGAUACUCGUUUUUUGCGUGAUGAGAUCCGCCAACUGGAAAAACAAUUGGAACAAAAAGAGAGACAGUUAACAGAUACAGAGAAAGAGUUGGAGAAGGAGAAAAAGGAGAAUGAGCAGCUUGCUCUUCGAAUUGAAGAUGCUGAAAAUGAAAACAUCAGAUUCAGGAGAGAGAAAAAGCGCAUAAAGAAAAAGAAUGAACAAUUGCGUCAGGAUGUGGUUGACUAUCAGAGGCAAAUAGAUUCUCAAAAAGAAGCAAUUCCAUUACGAAGAGGAGAGGUUUCUGAUUACACAUCACGGCUGUCCAGAAGAAGCUCUGAGCUUGUCCAGUAUUUGGAUGAAAUUCAGAAUUUGACUGAAGCUAAUGAGAAGUUAGAGAUUCAAAACCAAGAAAUGAGGAAAAACCUUGAGGAAUCAGUGCAAGAAAUGGAGAAGAUGACUGAUGAAUAUAGCAAAAUGAAACUAAUUGUGCAACAGUCUGAUAUUAUUAUGGAUGAGUUAAGAAAAGAGAAAGAUCGGUACAAAUUUCAAGUUCAGGAUCUUUCAGACCAGCUGAAAGCAAAGAAUGAGGAAGAUGAUCCACUCAUGGCAGCUGUAAACGAAAAAGUUGAAGAAUGGAAGAAAAUCUUAGCUUCAAAAGACGAUGAACUGCUAGAGUAUCAGCAAAUGUUAUUUAACUUGGAAGAGAAAAUGAAAAUGGUCCAACUUGAUGUAGACAGAAACAGUAUACUGUCCCUUCAGCAGGGUAUGCAAGAGCGAGAUGCUCAGAUAAGAUUGCUCACUGAACAAGUUGAACAGUAUACCAAAGAUAUGGAGAAAAAUGCAUUCAUUAUUGAGAAAUUAAAAUAUGAUCUCCAAAAAGAUAAAGGUCACUCAUCUGUUCCUCAGCAGAACCAAAGUGGGGAUAUGCAAGAAAAGUUAAAAAUGCUGGAAGAGAGAACUAUGGAGGCGGAGAAAUCAGCAGAAUUGGCAGAAGCACAUGCUAGAGAAAAAGACAAAGAGCUUGUUGAGACAUUGAAAAGAAUGAGAGACUAUGAACUGGGAAUAUAUGGUUUGGAAGAAGCUGUUGCUGAAAUCAAAGAUUUAAGAAAGCAAGUCAAAAUACGAGAACAUGAGAUUGAGUCAUUAAUUAAGGAAGUCAAUAAACUUGAACUUAAAAUAAAUGACUUUCUUGAUGAAAAUGAAGUACUCAGAGAGCGCUUAGGUCUUGAGCCAAAGAUAAUGAUUGAUUUAAAUGAAUUCAGAAACAGUAAAGCACUGAAGCAGCAGCAAUUUAGAGCUGAAAACCAGAUUCUUUUGCAAGAGAUUGAAAGACUAGAAGAGGAAAGAAUUGAACUGAAAAAACACAUUCGGAAGUUGGCUCAGGAGAAAGGAAGAAGAGUUGCAGCAAUAGGACUGGAUGCUGAUAAUAUGCAGAUGACUGAUAGCUUUACUGAAGAGAAGGAAAAGAAUAUGAGGAAGUUGGAUUUCUUGAGCAGACAUGACAUUGCUGAAGUGGAAGCAAAGAAUGAGUAUCUUGCAACUGAAUUACGUGAGAGAGAGAGAGAUUUGGAGAAGAACAGGACUGUAAUGGCCAAAUUUCAAUCUAAAUUGAAAGAGUUAUCAGAAGAGAAUAAACAACUUGAACAAGGAAUGAAAGAAAUAUUGCAAGCCAUCAAGGAAAUGCAGAAGGAUUCUAGUACGAAGGGAGGAGAAACAGCCUUGAUAAUCCCUAGUCUGGAUCGCUUAGUUCAUGCAAUGGAGUCAAAGAAUUCAGAUGGGAUCUUUGAUGCUAGUGUACACUUGAAAGCCCAGGUUGACCAGCUUACAGGACGAAAUGAGGAAUUGAGACAGGAGCUAAAAGAGACUCAGAAGGAGGCAACAAGUUUGUCUAAUCAGCUGGCAAGUGCCAAUGAAAAGAUUGAACAAAUGAAAAAUGAAAUUUGCUUACUACAUCAGUCAGAAGGUGCCAAUAUUGUCUUCCAAACAGUGAAUCUUCCAGAAGGAAUGGCUCCUUCAAGUGUUAAUACAAUUAAUUCUCUGAAUGAAUAUUUAAUACAUCUUACACAGGAACUGGAAAACAAAGAAAAGUUACUUAAACAAUUCGAAGAUGCAGUGGAGGACUACAAGCGAAAAUUUGCAGUAAUUCGUCAUCAACAAGGCUUGCUGUAUAAAGAAUAUCAAAGUCAAAAGGAAAGCUGGCAAAAAGAAUCAGAAAAUAUCAAAGAGGAAAUGAAAAAACUAGAAGAGCAAAAAGAACAAGAUGCUACGAAAAUAAAGGCAUAUUCUAAUUUACUCGAUGCACUUCAGAUGGAUCCUGAUGAAACAAAGAAAGCACUUGCAGAAAAUAAUAGAAAAAUAACUGUUUUACGAGUUAAUGAAAAAUCACUAACAAGACAGUGUACCACUUUACUUGAAAUGGAACAGCACCUCAGAAAAGAAAAUGAGAAACUGAAAGGUGAAAUAACACAUAUGGAGACUGCAGUUACAGAGAAGAUUGGAAACUUGCAGCGAUUCAAGGAAAUGGCUUGCUUUAAGAUGGCAGCUCUGCAGAAAGUGCUGGACAGUAGUGUGCCAUUGUCUGAGCUAGAAGUGGCCAAUAAGCAGUACAAUGCAUUAACUGCUAAAUACAGAGAGAUGUUACAAAAAGAUAAUUUGCUUGUGCAACGGACAACAAACAUGGAACACAUGGAGCAUGAGAAUGAAUCCUUGAAAGCACAGAUAAAUUCAUUGAAUAAGGAGCUGGAGAUCACAAAAGAAAAACUUCACACUGUGGAGCAAGCUUGGGAACAGAUGACUGAACUGGGGGGUGACAAUGGUGUGGACAAAGCCACAAAAGCAAUAACCAACAGUGAGAUUUUGUCCAUUUCUAAGAAAAUCACAAUGUUGGAAAUGAAGGAACUAAAUGAAAGACAAAGAGCAGAACAUUCACAACGAAUGUAUGAACACUUAAAGUGUGCUGUAAAGCAAAUAGAAGAACGUAAUUUUGAAUUGGAAACAAAAUUUGCUGAGCUUACCAAAAUCAAUCUUGAGGCACAGAAAGUGGAACAGGAAUUAAGAGAUGAACUGUCAAAGAGUGUAAGUAAGGCAGUAAGUGAUGCAGAUAGACGACAAAUCAUGGACCUAGAGAAGCGUGAGAUGGAGCUCAAAAUCGAAGUAUCAAAGUUAAGAGAACUGUCUGAUGUAGCACAAACACAAGUUGAAGCUCUGGAGGCACGUCAGCAAUACAGAGAUAAAGAAGUGGAGUAUCUCAGAAUGCAAAUUUUAGAUUAUCAGGCACAGUCAGAUGACAAAGCAAUUAUUGCAAAACUGCAUCAAGAUAUUGUAGCCCUUCAAGGUAGUGAAUCUGUUGCUGUAAGCAAAUUGGAGAAGUUUAAAUUGAAACUGCAGAAGAUGGAGAUCCAUAAUCUACGUUUAGAGCAGAAGCUUGAUGAGAGAGAUCAAGCCUUAUAUUUUGCCCGACUUGAAGGAAGAAAUAGAGCCAAACAUCUACAACAGACAGUUCAGUCUUUGCGGCGACAGUUUAGUGGUGCUCUGCCUCUAGCACAGCAAGAAAAAUUCUCUAAAACAAUGAUUCAGCUGCAGAAUGACAAACUGAAGAUCUUGGAAGAAGUUCAGCAUGCCCAGCAGGAGCGUCGAAAUGCAGAAAACAGAGCAUUAGAGCUGGAGUUGAAACUGAAAAGUUUAGAAGAAUUAGUAAGUGCAUUGAAGGACACAAGAGGAGCUCAAAAGGUAAUUGAAUGGCACAUAAAAAUGGAGGAACUGCAUCUGCAGGAACUUAAACUCAGUCGAGAAUUAGUCAAGCAAAGAGAAGAGGUGAAGUAUUUGCAUAAUAUAAUUUCUGAAUAUGAAUGUACAAUCAGUAACCUGGAAGAAGAAAUUGUACAGCAGAACAAGUCUCAUGAAGAAAGGCAAAUGGCUUGGGACCAGAGAGAAGUAGAACUCCAGCGCCAGUUAGACCAAUAUGAUCAUCAACAAACUGAAAUACUCAGUACAGCUUUAAAGUUAGAAGAGGCUACAGGCUCAGUUCCAGACCCUAGUUUGCCAAUCGCACAACAACUUGAGUUGGCUUUACAAAAGAUUCAGGAACAUAUUCGAACAAUCCUGGAAACUAGGGCAACCUGCAGAUCACUGGAGGAGAAAUUAAAAGAAAAGGAGACCGCUCUGUGGAAAGCUGAACAAAAUGUUAUAUCAAGAGAUAAAGUUAUAAAUGAAUUAAGACUUCGAUUACCUGCAGCAUCAGAGGAAAUGAUAAUGGCUGAAUUAAGCAAGCAAGAAGAUGACUCAGAGUACCAUCAUGCCAUGAAAAUUGCUCAUCAAACCAUUGCAAAUAUGCAAGCAAGAUUAAAUCAAAAGGAGGAAGUGUUAAAAAGAUACCAACAUAUGCUUGCUAAAGCAAGAGAGGAACAAGAGGAAAUAGCAAAGAAGCAUGAGGAAGACAUAAGAGUUCUACACCAGAAGUUAGAUUUGUACACUGACAAUUCCCUAAAUAAAUUCAAAGAGACUGCUUUGGAGUUAGGGAAACAGACUUCUAUGUCCCUAUCCAACAGCAAAUAUUUUCAUCACUUAGAGCAAAUGGUAGCAGAACAGGAUAAUUCUCUUGCUUCACUUGUUGGAAGAUUAAAGAAAACCUCAUCUGAUUUGGAGAAACAAAAAGAAAUUACUAUAUUGAAAAUCAAUGAGUUUGAGACAAUCAAAGCCCAGCUUCAAGAAAAGCACACAAUUGAUGUGGAACAAAUAAAAGAAGAAGCAAAUGAGCUGAGGAAAAUAAUAUCUCAGAAGGAGAAGGAAUUAGCAAAUGUUAAAGCUGAACUAGAGGUCCAAAAAGAAGCAAAUAAUAGAGCACCCACAGCAACACUGAAAAACCUGGUGGAACAGCUGAAGAGCCAGUUAGCCAUAAAAGAGAACCAACACAAAGCUUUGAGUAAAGCACUUCUAGAACUCCGAGCAGAAAUGACUGCCAGUGCUGAACAGCAAAUUAUUUCUGCUGCAUCACAAAAAGAGGCUUAUAUGAACGUCCAGGAGAUUGUUGACAGAGAAACAAAGGGGCUUACGACACAGAUAGAGGAAUUGAAUAAUCAGAUUACAAAACUUACAGAUAACCUUAAAAUAAGUAAAAACAAGGAAACUUCGUUGACUGAUGAAAGGAAUGAGUUAAACCAAGAGCUUCAGAAAAAAGAAAAAGCCUUUGCUAAAAUAUCGAGGGAAAAAAAUGAAAUAGAAAAAGAAAAUGAAGAACUGAAGAACCGGAUUAGGAGGCUAAGCAGUAGCAUUCAGAGUAAAGCUGAUGAACAAAAUCUGAUAGAUGUGCUUCAGAAAAAAAUUAAAAAGUUGGAAAGUGAACUUGAGAAAAAGUGUGAAGAAACAGAAAAAAAGGGUCUAAGAGAAGACAAGACUUCCAAGGAGGAAAUAAUUAGAUGGGAUGAAGGUAAAAAAUGGCAAAUCAAAAUGGAAGGAUUGCGGAACAAACUAAGGGAAAAGGAAAAAGAAGCAGAUGCUUUAUCCAAACAGUUGAGUACAUUGAAGGAAGUUUAUACAAAGACUGAAAAAGAGAAAAUUGCUCUACAGAAGAAACUGAAAACUACUGGUGUCACUGUUGACCGUGUUGUUGGAGUAAGAGCCACAGAAACUGAAAAAGAAGUGGAAGAACUAAGAAAACGGAAUCUAGAGUUAGAAAAUGAAGUUGCACACAUGAGAACACUGCAAGCAAUCCCACGAGACUCUGUUGUAGAAGAUUUGCACUUCAAAAAUCAAUACCUCCAGGAAAAGCUUCAUGCAUUGCAGAGACAAUGUUCAAGAGAGACGUUUCUGAGACCCUUGACAUCAGGAGCAGGAUCAAAUGAUCAGUAUCGAAGAGAACAAGAAGUUUUAAAGGAAAAUUUAAGAUUGUCAUCUGAAAACAUUGAGCUGAGAUUCCAACUAGAGCAGGCCAAUAAAGAUUUGCCAAGACUAAAGGACCAAGUAGAUGACUUGAAAGAAAUGUGUGAACUUCUCAAAAAAGAGAAAGCAGAAGCUGAAAGAAAGCUGGGCAGUAUUAGAGGGGCUGGUAGAAGUGGAAAGACAGUCCCAGAACUGGAAAAAACAAUUGGCUUGAUGAAAAAAGUUGUAGAGAGAGUCCAAAGAGAAAACGAAGAACUGAAAAAAGCUCCAGCUGUGGUUUCUAAUGAGAAAUUACUUGGUCUCGAGCAGGAAAAUGAGAGGCUAAAGUCUGAAAUGGAAAAAAUGAAACUUGAUCUGGAGGGCCAGCUGAGUGUGCGUUAUGAAUCUAAAACCAAAGGAGUGGAAAAACUCAUUACUGAAAAUGAGAGACUGCGUAAAGAACUGAAAAAGGAAGCUGACAGUGGAGAGAAGCUACGAAUAGAGAAGAAUAGCUUGGAGAUACUGAAUGAAAAGUUAAAUGUACAGCUGGAGGAAACCAUUAAGAAGCUAAAUUUGGCUGAGAGUCAACUUGAUGGAGCUGACAGCAGAAGCUGGAAGUCCAUUGUAACAAGAAUGCAAGAAACUAAGUUGAAGGAAAUGGAAAUAGAUAUUGCCAAAAAAACCCAAAGCAUUGCUAACCUUAAACGGCUGCUUCAGGAAGCAACAGAACGUGAACACAAAGCUGAUAAAAAUUUACAAGACCUGAAAGAACAGAUUGAGCAUCUUAAACAUCUUCCUGAAGGUGCAGAGACAGAGCAAAACAUAACCAAGGAGCUUCAGCUUUUAAGAUUAACCAAUAACCGAUUAGAGAAAGAAAAAGCAGAACUAGUGCACGAGAUGGAGAAUUAUAAGCACCAAAGAGACACCUCUAAAAAUGGAGGUCCUGCAGCUGGACAUCAUGAAACUGUAGAGGAUAAAACUGACAAACUAAUGACAGAAAUAGAUGACCUCCGGUCACAGCUGCAAGUUUCAGACCUCGAAAAACAGCAGUUAAAGGAAGAGACAAAAGAGCUGAGAAGAGAACUAGAAACCUAUAACCCUUCCUUUUUUGAAGAACUUGAGGAUCUAAAAUAUAACUACAAGGAAGAAGUAAAAAAAAAUAUUAUCUUAGAAGAGAGAUUGAAGCAGCUUUAUGAAGAGUUUGGCAUUCAGGAUAGUCCAGGUAACAUUUCUGUUGAUUAGGGUAGUAUUCAGUAUCCUCAUCAUUGAUGCAAUAAAAUUGUCUGUCUAGGAAUUAUACGAAUCUCAAAGUUAUGUUAGUUCGCACACACCUAAGAGUGCAGAAUUGAACUAUUCAACAGUUAGUGGUCAGUAUUUAUAUACAACAGGCAAAAUAGAAGUGAGUUUUGCCUCUCCCAGCUCCUGUGCAAUAAUAUAUUUUAAUUUAGAACAGUUAAUUUGGGUAAUAAGGUGUCAGGUGAAAUUGAAACCUUGGGCUUCUCUUGAAAGUUAAUAAACCUUUAAACUGUGUCAGCAUACUAAGUAUGCUAAGUCCCAAACCAGUAAGAAUGUGUAAUUUGCUCUUGUUGUCUUGUGCAACCAUAAUGUUUAACUCUGAAUUUGGGGUGAGUAUGCUGGAUGUCUGUUCUUACGUCCCUGGUUAUUUUUACCUCAAUAUUGAAAAACUCAAGAACAAAGAACUGAAAAUGAAGCUACAGUAUUUCACCCAAACCACUGGUAUUUUUGUACAUAAUUGAUUUUUCAUUUUGUUCAUUUUAUAUUGCUGUAUGUAUACUUUUAUAGCAGAGAUGAAAUAAAGCCAACUCAAAUGAU